AUGUCAAUUGAAGAAUAUGAUCCAUUACUAAUUAAAAAUGAAAUAUUAGAAGAACCACAACCAAUGGCAGUUCAAACAAUUCAAGAAAAUGAUUCAUUUUUAACAAAAAAUAAAGAGCAAAGACUAUCAGGAAUUACAGAUACAUUGGUGGAAAGAGUAAAUUUUCCAAUUGAAGAGUUCGAUCCAUUGUUAGUAAAAAAUGAAAAUGUUGAAACUGAACAAUUACCACAAACAGAAUCAGGAAAUAUAAUUGAAAUUUUAGAAGAAAUGACACCAAAAGAUGCUCAAACAAUUCGAGUAAAUAGUCCGGUAAUAAACAAUAAAGAGCAAAGACUAUCAGGAAUUACAGAUACAUUGGUGACACCAAAAGAUCUUCAAACAAUUCGAGUAAACAGCCCGGUAAUAAACAAUAAAGAGCAAAGACCAUCAGAAAUUACAGAUACAUUGGUGGAAAGAGUAAAUUUUUCAAUUGAAGAGUUCGACCCAUUGUUACUAAAAACUGAAAAUGUUGAAACUAGUGAACAAUUACCACAAACAGAAUCAGGAAAUAUAAUUGAAAUUUUAGAAGAAAUGACACCAAAAGAUCUUCAAACAAUUCGAGUAAAUAGCCCGGUAAUAAACAAUAAAGAGCAAAGACCAUCAGGAAUUACAGAUACAUUGGUGGAAAUUAGAGUCAAUUUUCCAAUUGAAGAGUUCGAUCCAUUGUUACUAAAAAAUGAAAGUAAUGAAACAGAACAAUUACCACGAACAGAAUCGGGAAAUAUAAUUGAAAUUUUAGAAGAAAUGACACCAAAAGAUCUUCAAACAAUUCGAGUAAAUAGCUCGAUAAUAAACAAUAAAGAGCAAAGACCAUCAAGAAUUACAGAUACAUUGGUGACACCAAAAGAUCUUCAAAAAAUUCGAGUAAACAGCCCGGUAAUAAACAAUAAAGAGCAAAGACCAUCAGGAAUUACAGAUACAUUGGUGACACCAAAAGAUCUUCAAACAAUUGGAGAAUUUAUUUUAAGAAAUGAAUUAGCUGAACAUAAAAAACUUGAUCAUACUGAAGAAGAAAAACUUUUUGCAUGCGAUCUUUGUGAUAAGAAAUAUAGAAAAAACAUAUCACUUGUUAUGCAUAAACGACUGCAUAAUGGAGAACAACCUUUUGCAUGCGAUCUCUGUGAUGAGAAAUUUACAGAUAAAAAUGCACUUGUUGUUCAUAAACAAGUUCACGGUGAACCAAUUUUUGAAUGCGAUAUUUGUGAAAACAAAUUUAGUAAAAAAAUAGAACUUGUUGAUCAUAAACGAAGUCAUGAAGAGAAAAUUUUUGCAUGUGAUCUUUGUGAUAAAAAAUAUGCACAAAAUGCUCAACUUAUUGUUCACAAACAAACGCAUACUGGAGAAAAACCAGUUGCAUGCGAUCUUUGUGAUAAGAAAUUUAGUAAAAAAGUAGAACUUGUUGAUCAUAAAGGACUUCAUAUUGGAGAACAACCUUUUGCAUGCGAUCUCUGUGAUGAGAAAUUUACUCAUAAAGUUGCAUUUGUUGUUCAUAAACAAGUUCACGGUGAACCAAUUUUUGAAUGCGAUAUUUGUGAAAACAAAUUUAGUAAAAAAAUAGAACUUGUUGAUCAUAAACGAAGUCAUGAAGAGAAAAUUUUUGUAUGUGAUCUUUGUGAUCAAAAAUAUGCACAAAAUGCUCAACUUAUUGUUCAUAAACGCACGCAUACUGGAGAAAAACCAUUUGCAUGCGAUAUUUGUGAAAAAAAAUUUAGUAAAAAAAUAGAACUUGUUGAUCAUAAACGAAGUCAUAGAGAAAAAAAACCAAUUCGUAGAAGAUCUUAUGUAUGUGACGUUUGUGGUAAGAUUUUUCUCGAAUUUUCUUCAUUAAAAAUACAUAAACUAAUCCACACUGGAGAAAGACCCUUUAAAUGUAAUUUUUGUGUUAAAACAUUUAGGCAAAGCAGUACUUUACGGAAACAUAAAAAAAUUCAUAUUGGUAAAAAGAAACAUGUUUGCGAUACUUGUGGUAAAAAAUUUUUAUUGCGCCAAGAGUUGCUUACUCACAGACGAAUUCAUACUGGUUAUAAACCUUAUUCAUGCUUUAUUUGUGAUAAGAAAUUUGCACAACUUGGAGGUUUAAAAAUUCAUCGAAAAUUGCAUGCUGACGAAAAAUAUCAUUUCUGUAAAGAUUGUGAUGAAAAAUUUAUAGAUCGUCGAGAUUUAUAUGUUCAUAAACUAGUUCAUACUGGAGGAACUAUGGUUGAAUGCGAUCUUUGUGAUAGAAAAUUUUGCCGCAAAGACAGUAUUAACAGACAUAAAGAAAGAAGGCACAAAUUGAAAUAUCAUAACUGUGAAGAUUGUAAUGAAAAAUUUAUAGGUCGCCGAGAUUUAUAUGCUCAUAAACUAGUUGUUCAUACUGGAAGAGUUAUGGUUGAAUGUGAUCUUUGUGAUAGAAAAUUUACGCGCAAAGCUGGUCUAAAAGGACAUAAAGAACGAAGCCACAAAUUGAAAUAAGGAAGUUUGAGUGACACAGGUUCUCUACACGCUUUGGCCAGUUUUAACAUAUAAACAUAUUUCAAUUAGAAUCAAAUUUCGAAUUCGAACAUGAUAAGACCAAUUAUGGAACUUCAUUCACCUGUUUCAAUAGCGAAAUUUAUUUUUACUUAUUCAAGUUCAGAUGAAAAAUUGAUUAUAUUGUCAAUUAGUGAUGUGACGAAUAGUCGCAUAUUUUUUAACACUCGCAUUCGCAAGAACCGAUGCGUUUUUUUUUUGACAAAAA